CAGCCGCUCGCCAUGGCCGACCGCGGGUGCCCGCUGGAGGCGGCGCCGCUGCCCGCCGAGGUGCGAGAGAGCCUGGCGGAGCUGGAGCUGGAGUUGUCGGAAGGUGACAUCACUCAAAAAGGAUACGAAAAGAAAAGGACGAAGCUGCUGGCUCGUUAUAUUCCUCUUACUCAGGGGGUAGACCCAUGUCUGCAAGCAGAACAUAGAGUCCCGGGGCCCCCACUGGCUGCAGCUGCUUCUAAACCACAGAAGUCUCGGCCCAGCAAUGCACGGGAUGAGCGCUUCCGGUCAGAUGUCCACACAGAAGCUGUGCAAGCAGCUUUGGCUCAGUACAAAGAGAGGAAGAUGCCUAUGCCUUCGAAAAGGCGCUCCGUCCUCGUGCAUUCGUCUGUGGAAACCUGCACCCCUCCAGACACGUCAUCUGCCUCAGAAGAUGAGGGCUCUUUACGGCGACCUGGGCGACUCACCUCCACUUCGUUCCAGAACCAUACCAGCGUCGAGCCCUGGCUCGACCGGGUCAUUCAGGGCUCGUCCACUUCAUCCUCUGCAUCCUCCACCUCAUCUCACCCGGGAGGGAGACCCGCCGCUGCUCCCAGUGCCACUACCACUGCGCUCGCAGGCCUGGCGGCCCACGCCCACAUAGAUUUGCAUUCUGCCCCUCCCGAUGUCACCACUGGGCUGGCAGAGCACCUCCACUAUGAACGUCCACAGGUGGCUUCUGUGAGAGGUAUUCCUCGAGGGCACAGUGGAAGCAUCCUGGAAACUGCAGAUGGUGUUCCUGUCAACAGCAGAGUAUCCUCCAAGAUCCAGCAGCUUCUGAACACUCUGAAGAGGCCAAAGCGUCCUCCUCUGAAGGAAUUCUUCGUGGAUGACUUUGAAGAAUUACUGGAAGUUCAACAACCAGAUCCAAACCAGCCAAAGCCGGAGGGAGGUCAGAUGGCAGUGCUGAGAGGAGAGCCUCUGUCAGCAGGGGCGCGUGGGCCUCCGACUCUGCUGACUGCACUGCAGCGCUGGGGCACAACGCAGCCCAAAGCACCCUGUCUGACUGCCUUGGACACGGCGGGAAAAGCCACCUUCACCCUCACCUAUGGCAAACUUUGGAGUCGGAGUUUAAAACUAGCUUAUACUCUACUUAAUAAACUGACUAGUAAGAAUGAACCACUACUUAAGCCUGGAGACAGAGUGGCGCUCGUGUUUCCAAAUAGUGACCCUGUGAUGUUCAUGGUUGCAUUUUAUGGGUGUCUCCUGGCUGAGCUGGUUCCUGUCCCCAUAGAAGUGCCAUUAACAAGAAAGGACGCAGGCAGCCAACAGGUUGGAUUUCUGCUGGGUAGUUGUGGAGUGACUCUGGCCCUGACCACUGAUGCUUGUCAGAAGGGUCUGCCCAAGGCACAGACAGGAGAGGUGGCAACUUUCAAAGGUUGGCCCCCACUGGCCUGGCUGGUGAUUGAUGGGAAGCAUCUAGCUAAGCCCCCCAAAGACUGGCACCCUCUGGCCCAGGACACAGGGCCCGGGACUGCCUACAUAGAGUAUAAAACCAGUAAAGAAGGCAGCACUGUGGGAAUCACAGUAUCUCAUGCAUCCCUGCUGGCACACUGUCGUGCUCUGACUCAGGCAUGUGGGUACACAGAAGCUGAAACAUUAACAAAUGUACUGGACUUCAAAAGGGAUGCCGGUCUGUGGCAUGGAGUCUUAACAAGUGUCAUGAAUAGGAUGCACGUGGUCAGCAUCCCCUAUGCACUGAUGAAGGUCAACCCGCUCUCCUGGAUUCAGAAGGUGUAUUCCUAUAAAGCUCGGGCCGCACUGGUGAAGUCCCGUGACAUGCAUUGGUCUCUUCUGGCGCAGCGAGGUCAGAGAGACAUCAGUCUUAGCUCUCUGCGCAUGUUGAUUGUGGCCGAUGGUGCUAACCCAUGGUCAGUAUCCUCCUGUGAUGCCUUCCUCAAUGUGUUCCAGUCGAGAGGUCUGAGGCCAGAGGUCAUCUGUCCCUGUGCCAGUUCUCCUGAAGCACUAACAGUCGCCAUCCGAAGGCCACCAGAUUUGGGAGGACCUCCUCCAAGAAAGGCUGUCCUGUCGAUGAGUGGUUUGAGCUAUGGAGUGAUUAGAGUCGACACUGAGGAGAAGCUGUCAGUCCUCACCGUUCAGGAUGUGGGUCAGGUGAUGCCUGGAGCUAGUGCAUGUGUUGUGAAGGUAGAAGGCACCCCUUAUCUUUGUAAAACUGAUGAAGUUGGAGAAAUCUGUGUCAAUUCCAGUGCAACUGGAACAGCAUACUAUGGACUGCUUGGAAUCACGAAGAAUGUAUUUGAGACAGUCCCGGUCACUGCAGGAGGAGCCCCUGUCUCUGACAGGCCUUUUACCAGGACAGGCCUGCUGGGCUUCAUUGGACCUGAUAACCUGGUCUUCGUCGUGGGCAAGCUGGAUGGGCUGAUGGUCGUGGGAGUCCGCAGACACAAUGCGGAUGACGUCGUGGCCACCGCCCUGGCUGUGGAGCCCAUGAAGUUUGUCUACAGAGGCAGGAUUGCCGUAUUCUCUGUGACUGUGCUGCACGAUGACCGGAUCGUCUUGGUAGCUGAACAGCGGCCUGAUGCCUCAGAGGAGGACAGCUUCCAGUGGAUGAGCCGUGUGCUGCAGGCCAUCGAUAGCAUCCACCAGGUGGGUGUGUACUGUCUGGCCCUGGUUCCUGCCAACACCUUGCCCAAGGCUCCCCUUGGAGGCAUUCACAUUUCUGAAACCAAGCAGCGCUUCCUGGAAGGGAUGCUGCACCCAUGCAACGUGCUGAUGUGCCCUCACACCUGUGUUACCAACCUUCCCAAACCUCGUCAGAAGCAGCCAGAGGUUGGUCCAGCCUCAAUGAUUGUUGGGAACCUUGUUGCUGGGAAAAGAAUUGCACAGGCCUCCGGGAGAGAGCUGGCCCACCUGGAGGACAGCGACCAGGCGCGGAAGUUCCUGUUCUUGGCAGAUGUGCUGCAGUGGCGGGCUCACACCACUCCAGACCACCCCCUCUUCCUGCUCCUGAACGCCAAGGGCACAGUCACCAGCACCGCUACCUGUAUUCAGCUGCACAAAAGGGCCGAGAGAGUGGCUGCUGCUCUGAUGGAGAAGGGGAGACUGGAUGCUGGGGACCACGUGGCUUUGGUCUAUCCUCCAGGGGUUGAUCUCAUUGCUGCAUUCUAUGGCUGCCUGUACUGUGGCUGUGUGCCUGUCACCGUGCGGCCCCCACACCCGCAGAAUCUUGGUACCACUCUACCUACCGUGAAGAUGAUUGUGGAGGUCAGCAAGUCGGCAUGUGUCCUCAGCACCCAGGCCAUCACACGGCUGCUCAAGUGCAAGGAGGCAGCAGCUGCUGUUGAUGUCAGAGCCUGGCCGACCAUCCUCGACACAGAUGACAUUCCAAAAAAGAAGGUAGCUAGCAUUUUCAGACCGCCCUCCCCAGAUGUGCUUGCGUACCUGGACUUCAGUGUGUCGACUACAGGGAUAUUAGCCGGAGUCAAGAUGUCACACGCAGCCACAAGUGCCUUGUGCCGCUCCAUAAAGCUGCAGUGUGAGCUGUACCCCUCGCGGCAGAUUGCCAUCUGCCUGGACCCCUACUGUGGCCUUGGCUUUGCGCUGUGGUGUCUGUGCAGCAUCUACUCAGGACAUCAGUCAGUGCUCGUGCCCCCGUUGGAGCUAGAGAGCAAUGUGUCCCUGUGGCUGUCAGCUGUCAGCCAGUACAAGGCCCGUGUCACCUUCUGCUCCUACUCAGUGAUGGAGAUGUGCACCAAGGGCUUGGGUGCACAGACAAGUGCCCUCAGGAUGAAGGGAGUGAACCUGUCCUGUGUGCGCACGUGCAUGGUGGUGGCUGAGGAGCGGCCCCGGAUUGCAUUGACACAGUCCUUUUCCAAGCUGUUCAAGGACCUGGGCCUCCCUGCUCGUGCCGUGAGCACCACCUUUGGGUGCAGGGUCAAUGUGGCCAUCUGCCUCCAGCCAAACAGGCUGGGAAAGCUAGCUGAGCAGGGCACUGCCGGCCCAGACCCAACAACCGUCUACGUGGACAUGAGAGCCCUGCGCCACGACAGGGUCCGUUUGGUAGAGCGAGGUUCUCCACAUAGUCUGCCAUUAAUGGAGUCUGGAAAGAUCCUGCCUGGGGUGAAGGUCAUCAUCGCACACACUGAGACCAAAGGGCCCCUUGGAGACUCACACCUGGGCGAGAUUUGGGUGAGCAGCCCCCACAAUGCUACUGGAUACUACACGGUGUAUGGGGAAGAGGCACUUCACGCUGACCACUUCAGUGCCCGGUUGAGCUUUGGAGACACCCAGACCAUUUGGGCAAGGACUGGUUACCUUGGCUUCCUUCGCAGAACAGAGCUCACUGAUGCCAGUGGAGAGCGGCAUGAUGCCCUGUAUGUUGUCGGGUCUCUGGAUGAAACACUAGAGCUGAGGGGCAUGCGGUACCACCCCAUCGACAUAGAGACCUCUGUGAUCCGCGCACACAGGAGCAUCGCGGAGUGUGCUGUGUUUACCUGGACCAACCUGCUGGUGGUGGUGGUGGAGCUGGAUGGUCUGGAGCAGGACGCCCUGGACCUGGUAGCACUGGUGACCAACGUGGUGCUGGAGGAGCACUACCUUGUGGUGGGCGUGGUGGUCAUCGUGGACCCUGGAGUCAUCCCCAUCAACUCCCGAGGCGAGAAGCAGCGCAUGCACCUGCGGGACGGCUUCCUGGCCGACCAGCUGGACCCCGUCUACGUGGCCUACAACAUGUGAGCGCCAGGCAGAGCGGGGUGAGCCAGCGGGGUGCGGGAGGAGCGGUGCGUGCACACCGCUGGAGAAGAGCUCCCAGCCCGCAGCAGCUCACGUCCUGCUGGGCUGUUCAGAUCCUCAACAGUACCACGACUCUCGUGUUAAAUGCACUUCUUAACUCAGCUAAAAAAAUAUUUUGAGUCUGCCAAGUUCAUCAAAACGUGAGUGACUGGGACGGGAAGGAAAGACCUGGUGUCACACUGCAGGAGUCCCUGGCGCCAUGGUUGCUCUGCUGUACUGCGAGCUUGCACUUUUUUAGGUUAAAAAUAUAAGUCAUGAAUAAAUAAUUGAAUUAUUUAUUCCCACUUGAAAUAAUAAGUUUUGGUGUAGAGUCUAUGCUGGAGCUAACUUUUGAGGCCACAGGCCCAGAGCACAGCCACGCCUGCCUGGCAAAACUGAAGGAAGGGCGAUCGUGCCCUUCCUGCUCACGGACCGGAGCCCUGCAGCACACCGUGCUUCCUCUCCAGUGUGGCUAUGGGAGCGGGUUGCCUGGUUGUCUGCAAACGCUGUUACUCGUGCUUGGAGGGCUUCACUUGCGCUGUCCAGUUAGAUCUUAGUUCAGAACCAGCAUUUACUUCAAAAUAGCUCUACUGGUUUGUAACUUUACUCUGCUUAAACCGCCCGUUUUUACAACAUCUUAGUACAUUAAUUCUUCCCAUAAUGUGUACUAACUUAUUUUUAUCCCAAGUCUACAGGUCUGGAAGCUUGGGUAUCAGCCUACGUCUUCUCACCCAUGUGCCAUCUGGGCCUUCUCCCAUACAGUCAGGAGGCUGUAGGAGCCUACGUCCCCAGGGUAGACACAGCUGCAGCCUAAACUGGCUUUUGCAUUUAAGUUGUGUGCCAGUAAAAUUUGGUCUAACCGUUUUUAGUUAAUUUAUCCAAACUUGGCUAAUCUGAGUGAUAAUAGCAUUCUGAACCUAAGUCAUGGAAGAGUAUAGAAUGUAAAAUCCUUUAAAUAAUUCUAAGUUGAAAUCAAGCACGAAUGCAAUAUUUUUAUAUUAUCUAAUUAAAGAGUAUGAUAGGAGGUUGGGAUUUGGGGGCUUUGAGAGUGGAGAAGUUUAUGAUUCAUGCCUGCUUCACAGAAACAGAUUUUUCUGAAGUUAGCCUGGAUCUGUGCCUAACAAGCUCUUCUCCACAAAGAAUCUGGCCAACUGGGCCAUCUCUCACAUCUCAUUGUGCACAGUAACCCUGCUUGCUCCUGGCUGUGGGUGGUAUAGUAUGUUGUAACAUACUGGAAUUCUAAUAACCCUGCUGUAAUUAUGUACAGGAUCCAUGUAACUUAUUACUUGACAUCCAGGGGUUAACAUUGGACUGGUGAGUGCUGAGAAGGGAACAGGAGUACCUAACCCUAGUCUCAAUGUUGUAGUUUUGUAGCAAACAAAAAUUGUAAACUCUUUGUAUUAAAAGCUCUGUGGCAGUAAAACAAGGUGUCUGGUCAGUUAAGAUUUUAAGUAGCGCAUUAAAAUGUUUUACUCUCUGGGAAUCCUGUAUAUCACACUAAUUUUUAUAUCAUGUUAAUAAAAGCUAUUGACUUUGUAA